AUUUUUCCCUCUCCACUUAAAUUUUCUCGAUCACCAAACAGACAACACAAACAAACAAAACUCCACAAGUUUGAGAAAAAAAGAUUCUGGAAAAGGAAACUUAUGGCGUCCAAUGCUUACAGGAACGGCACGAGUUCGCACAAGGGAACAAUUAAGCCACUCGCUGCAUCAAACUCAUAUAAUGUCAAAUCAUCUUCAAUCAAAUCAAGACUUCCUCCGUCUUCGAAUCACUCGCCAGGAUCUGCGCCUCUUCGCCGCUCCAACUCUGCCUCUUUCACCACCGCCGCUGGAGGAAGUGACGGAGUGCCAGGAAGAGUACGAGUAGCUGUUAGAUUAAGGCCGCGAAAUGAGGAAGAAUGCGUGGCAGAUGCAGAUUUUGCUGAUUGUGUCGAACUACAGCCUGAGCUUAAGAGACUUAAACUUCGUAAAAACAAUUGGGAGUCGGAAACAUACGAGUUUGAUGAAGUGCUUACGGAAUUCGCUUCUCAGAAGCGUGUCUAUGAAGUUGUUGCUAAGCCUGUUGUAGAGAGUGUUUUGGAUGGUUAUAAUGGAACUGUAAUGGCUUAUGGCCAGACUGGAACGGGGAAAACUUUUACUCUUGGACGAUUGGGUGAGGAAGAUACCUCUGCUCGUGGAAUAAUGGUCCGCUCACUGGAGGAGAUUUUAGCAAAUGUUUCUCCGGAAACAGAUUUUGUCUCUGUUUCAUAUCUGCAGCUUUAUAUGGAGACCAUCCAGGAUCUCCUUGAUCCGGCAAAUGAUAAUAUUUCCAUUGUGGAAGAUCCCAAAACUGGCGAUGUUUCAUUACCAGGGGCAACUCACAUAGAAAUCAGGGAUGAGCAUAAUUUUUUGGAGUUGUUGAGAAUAGGGGAAGCUCACCGAAUUGCUGCAAAUACAAAGUUGAACACUGAAUCAUCUCGCAGUCAUGCUAUUUUGAUGGUACAUGUUAAGAGAUCUGUUUUGAGUGCGGAAGAUGCCAUUCCAAGUGAAACAGACAAGUCUUCUCACUUUGCCAAACCCCCAAAGCCUGUUGUCCGGAAAAGCAAGCUGGUUUUGGUAGAUUUGGCAGGUUCAGAGCGCGUUCACAAGUCAGGAAGUGAGGGACACAUGUUGGAGGAAGCCAAGUCUAUUAAUCUUUCACUGAGUGCUUUAGGAAAGUGCAUUAAUGCUUUAGCAGAGAAUAGUGCUCAUGUUCCAGUUCGUGAUUCCAAACUAACGAGGCUGCUUAAAGAUUCAUUUGGAGGCACUGCAAGAACCUCAUUAAUUGUGACCAUUGGUCCCUCCCCACGACAUCGAGGAGAGACUGCAAGUACGAUUUUGUUUGGCCAAAGGGCUAUGAAGGUGGAAAAUAUGUUGAGAAUAAAAGAAGAGUUUGAUUAUAAAAGUUUGUCUAGAAGGCUUGAAAUACAGGUGGACAAGCUCAUUGCAGAAAAUGAAAGACAACAGAAAGCUUUUGAUGAUAAAGUUGAAAGAAUAAAUUUAGAAGCACAAAACCGCAUUUCAGAGGUUGAGAGAAAUUUUGCCGAUGCCUUUGAGAAGGAGCGACUAAAGUGCCAGAUGGAAUAUAUGGAAUCUGUUAAGAAGCUGGAGGAAAAGAUGAUAGAAAAUCAACGAAGGCAUGGAUGUGAUGGCUUCAUGAAUGAUAAAUGUAAUGGAGAGGGGCCUAGUUUUUCAGUCGUCGAUGAUGUUGCUGAGGUCAAAAAGCUGCUAGAGAAAGAAAUUCAUAUGCGAAAGGAAGCUGAAGAAGAGGUCAACAAACUUAAGAGUCAGCUAAGGCAGUGCACAGAUUCAGGGGAAGGUGGUGAUUCUGAAAUCUUGAAGCUCCAACAAGCUCUGGCUGAUGAGGUUCAUCAGAAAAAGAAGCUUGAAGAAGAAAUGAUUGUGCUAAGAAGCCGGAUGUUACAACUGACUUUUGAAGCUGACCAGAUGAGAAGGUCUCUCAGAAGAAGUGGAUCCACCAAUGCUUAUGGUGGUCUGGAGUCUCCAAUGUCUCAAGUUAGGGACUCUUUAAAUGGACAUAAGACACCAGUUGCUGCCCUAUUUGAUCAAGUUGGACUGCAAAAGAUCUUAGCUUUGCUCGAGUCAGAAGAUGUCAAUGUACGCAUUCAUGCUGUAAAAGUGGUCGCCAACCUAGCAGCCGAAGAAGCAAACCAGGAAAGGAUUGUCGAAGCCGGCGGUCUUACUUCCUUGCUGAUGCUUCUCAGAAACUACGAGGAUGAAACUAUUCGCAGAGUCGUAGCUGGUGCCAUUGCCAAUCUUGCGAUGAAUGAAGCCAGUCAAGAACUCAUAAUGAUUCAAGGGGGAAUCAGUUUAUUGUCUAUGACCGCAUUUGAUGCUGAAGACCCUCGGACUCUACGCAUGGUUGCCGGAGCUAUAGCUAACCUGUGUGGCAAUGAUAAGUUGCAAGCAAAGCUGAGGUCCGAAGGUGGAAUUAAGGCCUUGCUGGGAAUGGUGAGAUGCGGACAUCCGGAUGUUCUUUCCCAAGUUGCACGUGGAAUUGCCAACUUCGCAAAAUGUGAAUCCCGUGCAUCGGCCAAUGGCAUAAGAAGUGGUAGAUCGGUUCUUAUCGAUGAUGGCGCACUUCCAUGGAUUGUGCAAAACGCUAACAAUGAUUCCGCACCUAUUAGGAGACACAUUGAGCUUGCACUGUGUCAUUUAGCGCAACAUGAAGUAAAUGCGAAGGACAUGAUAAGCGGAGGUGCCCUUUGGGAGGUAGUUAGAAUAUCGCGGGAUUGUUCUCGCGAAGACAUAAGAAGCCUCGCUCGACGAACUCUGAAUUUAAGCCCCAUAUUCCGAGCCGAAAUGCGACGACUAAGGAUAGAAUUAUGAUUCAUGGUGAAGUCGGACUGUCGGAACCAGAUUAUACGAGUGUGUGGAUGUAGCGUGGGGGAACAACAAAUUCGGCCAUUGUAUAGAGGCUAAGGUCAGAGAUUCUUUCAUACACUCAGCGUUGUAGUAAAUGAGUUCUGUUGGCUUGUAGUAUUAUUAUGUUCUUCAUUCAGCUUAGUGUAUGUUGCUCAAGGUUAAAAAAGGGUAAAUGCUCAAAUAAGGGCCUAGUCUUUUAGGGAUUGUUUACAUAAGGGUCUUACAUUUCAAAACGGUCAAAGAAGGCUGUAAUGUUUUCGAAUCUGAACAAAUAAUAACGGGGAAAAAUUGAUGCCGAAAAUGUUGGGCUCUUAUUUAAGCAGAUUCGGAAACAUUCAGCCUUUACUGAACAGAUUCAAAAACAUUCGAUUUUAAAUUGACCAUUUUGAAAGGUUAGACUUUUGAGAGCAAUACGUAGAAACUUGGGCCCUAUUUAAGCAAUUAGCCUUAUAAAAAAAGAUUAAUAUGUGGAAAAUUUUGUAGGCAACUGAUUACAUUGUCUAA